GUUUAGUGGAGCAAGCAGCAACAGGUCCACCUCCUGAGUGGAAAUUUGUGGAGGAUUCUGCACCGGUAGCUUUAGACAAAGGACUGGGAUCAAGACAAAGAGACAAUCUGUGUUUCAAAGAAGCGGCGGAAAGUGAAGUUGAAUUCACAUUUUGGCAGUCUUGGAUGUGUCCUGUGCUAACUUAAGUUCACACUGAUAGAACUGAGUCAGUAGCCAGGAGCGGCUCUUUGCCAUGGAGGCUAUGCAUUUGCUGGACAACUGGAGAGAGGAUCUUCAUGUGUCACAGGGAGCCGUGGACAGCUCAGUGGACAUGGACCGCCUGAACAGGAACAUGCCUGAGUGUGGACGGAAAACCCAUCAAGUGUUGCAGAGCACCCCGCUGGAUCUUAUUGAGACCGGAAAGGGGCUGAAGUUCCAGGCAGAGCGCCCACAUCUGGUCAGCCUGGGUAGUGGACGACUGAGUACAGCCAUCACCCUGCUGCCCCUGCCUGAGGGCCGGACCACACUGGGUCAUGGUUCCAUGGACAUCAACAUCCAGGGGCCCGGGGUGGCAGCUCAGCACUGCUACAUAGAGAACAGGUCGGGGGUCAUCACGCUGCACCCCUGUGGAAACCUCUGUGCUGUUGACGGUCUCCAGGUCACACAACCCAUGCGCCUGUCUCAAGGCUGUAUGCUGUGUUUUGGCCAGUCAGCCUUCUUCCGCUUCAACCAUCCUGAAGAAGCCUUCAGGAUGAAGAGCAUGGUGCCCCAAGGAGGAAGUGUCUCCACCAGGGACUACAGACCAUGUCCAGACACCGAGAGCUUGGUCAAUGGGAAUCACCAGGCCAGUGCAGCCCAGUCUCCCCCUGCUCCUGGAGAGAGAGUCCAGUCUGAGCACAGUGCAAUCGUCAGCUCUAUUGAGAAGGACCUCCAGGAUAUCAUGGACUCCCUAGUCAUGGAUGACUCCCAGCCUUCUUCCUCAGAAGGCAAAAAGCCUCCUGGAGGCCAACCCAUUCCCCACUCCCCUCUGUCGCCUUUGGUCAAUGGAGGGGGCCGCUAUCUGCUGUCCCCUCCUACCAGCCCCGGUGCAAUGUCUGUAGGGUCCAGCUAUGAGAAUACAUCCCCUCCUUUCUCUCCCCUGUCCUCCCCUUCAGCAGCCAGCAGUGGGAGCUUCACAAGCCCGUCUCCUAGUGGAGGACCCCAGGACCAGAGUUCUUCUCUGCCGCCAGUGCCUGUACGUUCCUCUAGCUACAACUUCACCACCCAGCCUCCACCUGUACCCCAGCCACGGACCAUACUGCCUAACUUCAGCAGUGGUGGGGUGGGCCAGAAGGUUCAGGAAAGCCCCAGGCUGCAGAGGAAGGUCUUAACAGAGUCUCCUCCGAGCCCCAAGCCAAGCCGCAGAGGACUAGGCCAAGAUGGGUCUGAGAGCCCCCGACAGACUCCCCUUCUGUCCUCUAAUGAAUCUCUCAGUAGUAGAAACAUUGUGCCAAGUAGCCCCCGGCUCACUCCCAAAUUCCCUACCUGUUCAUCCCCGUCACCCUCCAGUCCCAGGACCAAGACAACCACAGUGCUCCAGGAAAGGCCUGCCAGCCCUUUCAGAGAGCAGAACAGUCUAGCUGAUUUCUCUAUAACCUCCAGCCCCUCCAGGCAACUUUCCCAACCCACCAAAGCCUUCCAGCCUCCCCUGGACCCUAUCAUCCAUAUCAUCCAAGGAUCGCCGCUCCAGCAGCAUCCACGUUCACUGCAGCCUCCUGAAAGCCCCCGCAUGGCUAGGAGAAACAUGGAGCUGAACGGUGGAAGUGGAGGGGGCAGCAGUAUGAGAGAGCUGCCACCUCUUAGCCCCUCAAUAGCUCGGAGAGGGGUCCCGGUACUCCCAGGGGCGCUCCCAGGGACAGUCCCCACUUUGAGGACUCCAGAUAGCCCCUCAAGUCUAAGCAAGUUUGUCCCAGAGAGUCCCAGGCUCCGACGCAAGUCCGGAUCUACAUCCGAGGAGCUGAUGUGCAGCAGGGGGAUCCGAGCCCGCAGUCCGUCGCCUACCUCUAUGUUGAUGGAGGGUGGUGGUGGUGCUGGAGUACGGAAGGCAAGCUUUGGGAAUUCCCUGUCACCUGCUUACAGUCUGGGCUCCCUGCCUGGCUCGUCCCCCGUAGCCAGCCCCAGGACCCACAGGAAGAUGUCCGCAGGGAGACCCCACCCUGGGAUGAGGGAGAGGAAGAACAGCAUCACAGAAAUCAGCGACAACGAGGACGAGCUGCUUGAGUACCACCGACGACAGAGAGAGGAGAGGCUUCGAGAGCAGGAAAUGGAGAGACUGGAGAGACAGCGACUUGAGACCAUCCUAAACCUCUGUGCCGAAUACAACAAAGGAGAGAGCCCUGGCCUGGACCCCCUAGGCUCGGGGAGGACAGGUUUUCCCGGGGGGCUGACAGAUGGCUUUGGUCGGAGACCGUCCAUGGAGAAUGUCCUAGGAGGGACACUGUCCUCGGCCGCGCUCCGCCUGGCGCAGAGACAGAGAGAGAGUGACGAGGAGAACCUGAAGGAGGAGUGUAGUAGUACAGAGAGCACUCAUCAGGAGGUGAGGACAUCGCCUGCUCCCAGCACAGCAUCAGCACUGCACAAUGGAGAUAGACAGCAUGAGGACUCACCCAGUUCAGGCAGCGCCGGUCGCCUGGAGCUGGGUUACCUGGAGGACGAGCGGGUUCGUGUUCUCGCUCGGAUUGAUGAGCUCAAAACCCGGCUGACGGAGCUGGAGCAGCAACACCAGGAGUCCAAACAAGAGGCAGAGAUGGAGCGUGCCCUGCUGCAGGGCGAGAGGCAGGCGGAGCUCGACCAGAUGGAGGCUGAAACGGACAUCAUCACUCAGCUGCAGCACAAGCUGGACGAGCUGGAGAGCGCCAUCCAGAGGGAGAAAGACAAGGAGAGGGCUAAUGUUGAGGCCGAGCGCCGGGCCCUGCAGAGCCUCCAGGAGGGCUACGCUGAGUUGAAGAACCAGCUUCAUAACUGUCCCGAGUCCCUGCGGGAACAGUUGCAGGAACAGCUCAAAAGGGACGGAGAGGCCCUGGAAGCAGGAACCAAAAAGUUUGAGGACCUGGAGUUUCAGCAGCUGGAGAGAGAAAGCAGCCUGGAGGAGGAAAGAGAAACCAUCAGCCAGCAGCUGCUCCAGGAGAGAGCAGAGUACCACAGCAGUGUGGCCAAGAGGAAGGAGAAGGUGUCUGCUCUGGAGAAUCAGGCCAACCAGCUCGGCCUGCAGGCGUCUCAGGAGUGUGACCGGCUGGCCAAAGACAGGACCCUCACACUGCAAAUGCUCCAAAAGGAGAAGGAGAGGCUGUCUGCCCUGGAGAAGAGAUACCACAGCCUGACGGGUGGAAAGGGCUUUCCCAAGUCCUCCACUGCAAUGAGAGAGGAAGCGCUCCAUAUCAGCGAGGCUGACCUGUUGUUGGAGGAUGUCUACUCCUCCCAGCAUUCCCUCUGUCGAGCCUCUCCUUCCUACUUACAUCCCUCCCCUCCCUGUCAGUUGUACCCCAGCAGCCCUACGGAGGAUUACAUGAAGCUGUCGGAUGUCUAUAAGAUGUACGGCAGCAGCGGCCACCACGAAGGCAGCAAGCCCACCUCUCACAGCCGCUCGUUUGCCAUAGAUGCUGCGUUAGCUGGCGCCUGUGAGGAGUAUGUGACAGUGGGCCAGUUAAAUCAGAUGUAUGGGAUGCCAAAGGUGGAGUCGUCCCCUACUUCCCCGCUUCGCCAGUCCCUGCAGCCUGGAGCAGUAGACCCCGCCUUCUCCUGCCUCCCCUCUCCUCAUGGCUCCUCCCUCUCUCUCUCUGUGGAGUACCAGUCUGAGAGCGGUAGGCCUCACAACCCCAGGCUAGAUUUAGAGCAGUGGUACCAGGAGCUGAUGGCUUGCUCCAGCCAGCUCUGUCCUCCCCCUCUGCCAGCCAAGUCUCUGUCGGGCCGCAGGCCUGUGCUGCAGGUGUUCCGCUCUAAGCUGGACAGUGAUCCAGGCCUGUCUCUUCAUCAGCCUAAGUCGGGCUCUGCAUCCCCUCUGCAGCACGGAGCAGCGACACUGGGACGCAACACAAGCUCAAAGAGCCCUCUUCUGGCGGCCAACAGCACUGGCAGUCUGCCCAGGAACCUGGCUGCAACCCUGCAGGACAUUGAGACCAAGAGACAGCUCGCUCUGCAGCAGAAAGGUCAGCAGGUGAUCGAAGAGCAGCGUCGUCGUCUGGCCGAGCUCAAACAGAGAGCGGCGGCGGAGGCUCAGUGUCAGUGGGAUGCGCUCCACGGUUCUCAGCCGCACCUCAUGACUUCGACCUCCUCAUCACCUUCCUACUCCCCGGUCAUGGCCUACAGCCCUGCGCUGAGCCACAGCUCUAUGGGCCCUCCUCCUCUGGUUCACCACUCCAUCCUGCACCACCAGCCCCCAUCAGCCGGAGAGCAGCCCUAUGACACGUUGAGCCUGGAGAGCUCCGACAGCAUGGACACCAGCGUGUCCACGGGGAACAACUCGGCCUGCUCACCAGAUAACAUGUCCAGUGUUGGUGGAGCGGACACGCUGAAGAUUGAGGAGAUGGAGAAAAUGCUGAAGGAGGCGCAGCUGGAGAAAGCCAGACUUAUCGAAUCGCGGGAACGAGAGAGCCUGGCUCGCCGUCAGAUGCUGGAGGAGGAGAGGAGGAGGAGGGAGGAGGCCGAGAAGCGACUGCAGGAUGAAACUUUCCACCGGCAGCAGCUAGUGGAGAAGGAGGUCAAGAUGAGGUCCAAGAACUUCUCUCAGGCCCGUCCUAUGACUCGCUACCUGCCCAUCCGGAAGGAGGAGUUCGACCUGCGCUCGCAUGUGGAGUCGUCGGGCCACAGCGUGGACACCUGCUACCAUGUCAUCCUCACAGAGAAGAUGUGCAAGGGCUACCUGGUGAAGAUGGGAGGCAAGAUCAAGUCCUGGAAGAAACGCUGGUUCGUCUUCGACCGCCUCAAAAGGACCUUCUCCUACUAUGUUGACAAACACGAGACCAAGCUGAAGGGUGUGAUCUACUUCCAGGCCAUAGAAGAGGUCUAUUAUGAUCACCUCCGCAGUGCCACAAAGAAGGGAUUUUUCAACUUGAAUAUGACAAGUAGCCCAAACCCCGCCCUGACGUUCUGCGUAAAGACCCACGACCGGCUCUACUACAUGGUGGCCCCCUCAGCAGAGGCCAUGAGGAUCUGGAUGGAUGUGAUCGUCACAGGAGCAGAGGGAUACACACAGUUCAUGAACUGAGAGAGACACGCACAGUGCAGAGAGCGCAGGCGACGAGCAUUUCGGCAGGGACUCUCCCAUCACAGACUCUACAGGCCCUCCAUGUUUCCAGUCCGCAGCGGACACAACGCCUUGUUUUGUUACUUAUCAUUUUUAAUCUCACACUUUGAUUAGAUGUUUUCACCUCCACAUUUUCUACGUGAUUCAGUUUGGAUUAAAAAAGGGAGCUGUUGGAGGACACACACUUACACACACCUCUGUAUAUAAACCAAAAUGUAUACCUAUCAGAGACUUUUAAAAAGCCUUUCUAUAUUGCCAAAUGGAGAUCUUGUAGUUACUGUUUGUUGGUCCUUUUAUAUUAUUUGUUUCCUUUCUUUUUUCUUUUUUUUUUUUUUUACUUAUACAAAAAAUUGCCAAAUGACAUAAUGCCAAUGUUUUGUUUGAGUGUUCGUCACGACUAUGCUCAGUUCAGACAGAAAGAGUUUAAAAGAAUCUCCAAUCAAAUGGUGUAAACAAUUUAGAAAUAUAUUUGACAGAAUCUUAUUCAAAAUGUAUGAAUCUAUGAGAAAUAACAGAAAUCAGUCAGUCAGCAGGAGAUUAUCUAGGAGCCCAGCACACUUGUCUUUAACAGUGAAACACAGUAAAACAUUGCAUCAACCAAGUCCACAAGUCACCUCACCUCACUGCUGCCCUUAGACUAAAGACUAAAAUUAAAUCAAGUGCAGCAUCCAUAACACAUUAAGGGAUCCGGAGCUACAGGCUAGACUGUACUUCACAUAGGCUUACCAAAGUAAUCAGAGGUAUUCUGUUAAGACUGACCCACUACAGCUCAGGAGUUCACUCUGCCGUUCUCACUAUGGUUCGAUGAACAUGUGGUUUGAAAAGCUGGUCCUGAUAUUAGUAUUGAAGCUGCUGAUAAACAUUGUUUGGUUGUUGUAUCAUUAUUAAAAUAUUACUCGAAAGCUCCAGUAAACCCAGAAUAAUGAAGUACUUUCAGGAUUAGAACGUUAGUGUAACAUUUUGGGAAAUAAAAUUAUUUGCAUCCAGCUCCAAAGCUUUCAAAGGAGUUAGAGAGCUAGACAAAGAUGGAUAGCGCUCUCAUGUCUGUAUGCUAAAUAGGAAGCUAGCGCAAGACAGUUAGCUUAGCAAUGCGUAAGACUGGAAGUGGAGGAAAACUGCUAGCCUGGCCUGUUUAAUCUGAACAAAAUCGACAAGUUGUGGUUUAACAGGGAGUUACGUGCUGGAAGUUCUUUUCGGUUUGGCCAGUGACUCCUACCUCUGCUUCCAGUGUUUAUGCUAAGAGCUGCCUGGCUCUGGCCUAAUUCUCUAAAUUUAAACUGCUUUCUCGCCAAGAGUUGGUUGAGAAGACUGAUGCCACUCUCGAAUGUUUACGCUAAAUAUGAAACUACAGCAGCUGGUUAGCUUAGCAGAAAGACUGGUAGCAAGGUGAGACAGCUAGCUGGUUUCUGUUCUAAAACACAGUAACAUGUUAUGUUUCUUGUAUGAGUGGUACGCAGAUUAUUUUUACCUUUCGACAGAGCCAGGCUUGCCUUUUCCCCUUGCUUCCAGUCAUUAUGCUAGGCUAAGCUAACGUUAACUGGCUCUAGCUUCAUAUUUAACUUAGCGAGCAAGCAAAAAGCAAAUAAGUGCAUUCCCCCAAAAUGCCUGUUAAUAGAAAAAGUCAGGCACUUUAAAAAAAAAAUACACUUAAUGUAUCCCUCAUACGGAUUUUUCCCUUUUCCUGGGACACUUUAUAUCUGUAUCCAGUCUUUGCGCUAAGCUAGGCGGGAACAAUCUAGGCUCAACAUGCUUAUAAAAAACUCCUCCAAACGUAACAAUUUACAAUGUAUUGAAAGUGGUCAAUCCAUUAUAUCAUUUGGAAGACACUCACCAAAUCAGAGGCUGACUCCCCAAAACCCAUGUAUGUUGGUCAACCAUAGCUGCCACAUUGUCAUUGUACUGAAUAUGUUGAACAUGAUUAUCAAACCGUCUGAGUGAUGCUGCCAUGUUGCCAACUCAAGGUGCAAACUGCAUAUCUAUGUGUCCUCACGCAUAAACAGAAAAAGCUCAUCUAUUUGCCAAGUAGCCUUUAGCUAACUUGAUGAUGCGACUACACAGCUGGGAAGCAGCCAUCAUCACUGCCAGCCUAAAGCGCAACCACGAGAGGGCGCGACAGCGACCACCCCCAACACAGGAUCAAAAAUAUGGACUCAUGCAAUUUAGAACUGUGCCUUGACUAUGUGUUAUUGACCAGUCCAGAUUUUGUAGCCUCCUCGCUGGGAGGCUACAAUUGUGUGAAUGAAUUUUAAUUUGUUUCUGAGCUGCAGUGCAGGAUGUGGACAGGUCUGCAUGUUUGUUUUUUUUUUACACCACCAUGGGGACAUCUGCCUGUAGCAUCGUUACAGGUAGAGAUACAGAAGGCUCUGAGCACAGUGUGGGAUCAUCAAGGUUGUUAUUUAACUCUGAAUGCACAAAAUAUUGUGUUCAUUUGUAAAAGGAGCACGCCACCAAUUUUACAUGUCAAAGUCCGUUCACUCAUCAAGGGGAGUACUAUUCAGCCUGUGACAACAGUUGUAUAGUGUCUUCUGUGGCUCCGCAGGAGCUUUGAGGCUGUGAAUAUACCCCUGAUGAUGUAGUCAUGACAUUUUUAUCAAGCUCCUUUUGCAAAAUUCCAGCUAAUAUGUACAUUCAGUAUUGGUUUACCAGGUUUACUUUGUCAGUUCAGAUUAUUCUGUAAAUCAUACCAAAUUCUGGGUUCUUGGAGGUAAAAAAAACAAAAUGGAACUAAAUACCCUCUUGAAAUUCACAAAAACCUCCCUCCCUGCUCUGAAUCCCCACUGAGUAGAGGCCUGAGUGCAUGAGGACGGAUAAAGAAAUCUUGUAUCUUCAGCUUUAACGGACUGUAACUGACCGGGCUCACCUGGCGUCGUCUCCUCGUCAAAAUGUUACCACAUUGUGAAUCUAUUGAUCGGCCGUGAAACGUGACAGUUUGUAGUUAUACAGAUGCCGGAUGCUGUUUUCUUUCGUAGAAGCCGAGGACAAACUACGCUGUGAUUUUUGGAGCAUGUGAAACUGUUGUUUAGUUUCAUGUGUUGGUACAGUAAUGAUAAUUUAUGGUUGUGGUGCCUGAGAUAGUGACAUGUUUACUUCUAGAAAAAAAAGAAGACGACUAGUGAAAAGACCUUAAUAUAUUCUGUCCCCCUUGCCUUUACUUUCCCCGCACAGUUAACAUGUGCAAACCAAACUAUUCAACACUGGCAAGGCUGUUAAAUCAUGUCUGUUGAUAGUAGGUGGUAUAUACAUUACUGUUGUUAUCUAUGUUGAAAAGAAAGGAAACUAAAUAUACUGUAAAGAGGAUGCCUGAAUGAAAAAAAUAAUCUUGCUAUUGAAAUGAAUUGAAACAGUAUUGUAUGAAAAGAAUUACAAUUUUUACUUAUUUUUGUCAUUUUAGAAAUUUUAUUGUCAGCCACGUUACAUUUCAAAUUGUACGGUAGUGAUGUAUCAAUCUACCUUUUUUUUUUUUUUUUUUUUUUUACUGGUACAGCAGAACACACACAUGCGUGCGCGCGCACAUACACACACACACACACACUAUAUAACACCUAGCACUCAUGAGACUGUACUUUUGUUUUUCUAGAAAGUAGAUCCUGUUUCAUACACACACACACACUCAAUCAGUACUCGGACCAUACUGUGUUAUUGGUACCCUGUAUGUCUCAUGUGUUACUUUCACAUAUGAAUAAUAUGGAUUUUGUCAAAUCUAUUAAAAACAGAACUGUUACAGAA